AUAGUGCAGCUAGUGAUUCGUGUAGAUCUUUAUAGUAUUUCAAUUUAGUCCUGGUAAAAUAAUUGAUAUAACAAUAUGUAUUUACCAGUUAUUCUAACUUUAAUUUUGAGUUUUGUAACAAAACUAACAAUUUGUAAUGAAAGACCAGUGAUUGGAAUACUAACACAAGAAGUUUAUUGGUCUUCUCUAAACCAUUUAAAACCAUAUUAUAAUAAUUCGUGUAUAGCUGCAUCUUAUGUUAAAGCAAUUGAAGCUUCUGGAGGGCGAGUUGUACCAGUUUUCACAAACAGGACUACUGAAUAUUAUACGGAUGUAGUGAACAAAGUAAAUGGAAUUUUGGUCCCUGGAGGAGGAUGUGCGUUUAAUAUUAGUUUCGGAAUCAGUCAAUCUACGAAUGAAGUUUUUAACAUUGCCAAACGUAUACAUUGCCUGGCAGUCAUUCAAUAAUCAAUAUAUAGCCGUUCGUAAAAAAUAAAUUCGAUCAUUUCAACAAUAUAAAUAUUGACUUGGCAGGAAUAAACGGAUUUUUCUCAUUUUUUUUUUUUUAUAUAAAAGAGGAACACAUUAUUCACUAAAUUUCAAAAUAUUAAACUAUUUGUGAAUGUUUAAAUGCUUAUUAUUGCAUCUUCUGGAAAUGCAUUGUUGAAAAUUGUAGUCUAAUGCAACCUAUAUAUAAACACAAUAAUACACAAAUAGGUACACGCAGGUACACAACAUUUUUUUGUACAUUACAUUAUUAUUUUCGAUAAAUUAAAUUGUUUUGUGUCGAAAACCUUGAGAAUGUACCUAAUACAAAUUACAAUUAAGCAUCUUCAUAAGGAAUUAUCUACCUAAAUUAUUAGUUUAUAAUUUCUAUACGCAAUACAGUUUUUAAAAUAUUUAAACUAAUUUUAAGUUUUGAAUUUUGAUUGCCACAAAUUCAUUCUAACAUUUCUUAACACCAU